CGUGUAGAUGAUUACUGUUGGGCUAAUCGUGUCCAGAAAGACGAACUUGAACUACGUCGAUUAACUUUACGGUGACCGCUAAGGAUAUAAAAGGAUAAUGAGCAGGCAAGGUACGGGCAAUUGGUCAAGUGGUAGUGGAAGCGGGAGCGGUGGUAGUGGUUCGUCCCAACUACCGUCGACAGCAAUGUCACAAAGCGGCGAGGAGAGGCUUGUUGUUGCAGUUCGCGUUCGGCCAAGUACGGAACCAAACAAUAACAAAUGCAUUCAGAUAUUGUCAGAUCGAGCACUCCUCUUCGAUGAUGGGAGUAAAAAUCGACCACGAAAAUAUGUCUAUGACUUUGUGUUUGGAGAAUCGUCAACCCAGGAAGAAGUCUACAAGACAACGACCGCACCUCUCGUUAAAGAUGUUUUAAAUGGGCUUAAUGCAGCCGUGUUUGCUUAUGGAGCAACCGGGGCCGGGAAAACCCACACCAUGUUGGGACCAAAUCCAAAAAAAGCUGGAACACCCUCGUCAGAGCUUCCACCUAAGACAGCUCAAUCCAAUCAUGGGGAUGGGAUGAUGGUGAAAGCACUGGAUGAAAUAUUUCAGCACGUUGAGAACGCUGAGGAUUCGAGCAAAUUUAAGGUCACGAUUUCGUAUCUAGAAAUAUAUAAUGAACUUAUCCGUGAUCUUCUCAAUCCCGGAGGGCCUCUAGAACUGCGGGAGGAUAACCGUGGCCAAAAGAUUACAGUAGCCGGACUUUCAGAAAUAACGACCUGUAGCCGUCAUGAAGUCAUACAAAAUCUCUUGAAAGGCAACAAAGCGCGGACAAUGGAGCCGACCGCUGCCAAUAAAACCUCUUCAAGAAGUCAUGCUUUACUGAGCGUCACAGUACAAAAUAAAACUCCUUUGGGAACGAAACAAGGAAGAUUGUUUCUCACAGAUCUCGCAGGAUCAGAACGAGCCAAGAAAACUAAAAAUCGUGGCAAACGUUUACAAGAAGGUGCUCAUAUAAAUCGUAGCCUUUUAGCUUUAGGUAAUUGUAUAAAUGCACUGUCGGGUGGCGCUCGAUACGUGAACUACCGAGAUUCAAAGCUCACCCGUUUGCUCAAAGAAGCACUUAGUGGCAAAUGCAAGACUGUCAUGAUUGCUCAUGUUGCUCCUGAAGCGCGACAUCGGGAUGAAACUAAAAACACCUUGGUAUAUGCAGAUAGAGCGAAUCACAUAUCCACACGGCUUCAAAAUGCAGGCUACAUUGAUGAAACUCAAAAUAUUCCGAUGAAGCACUAUCAAAAUUUGGUUUCUGAAUUACGUGAAGAAGUGUCAAGAUUGCGCUCAAAAAUGCUCCAAGAACGGCCAAGAAGUGGAGCAGCAGCAGCUGCUAACAAUAAUAUCAAUGACGAGAAAAGAAAGGCGGAGUUGAGGUACUUGAGGGAGCAAAUUGUUCAUACAUUCAAGCAACAAAUGAAAUUAAGACGAAAGUUGUUGGAAGCCGAGAGUCACCUGCUUGGGUUAGAGCUCGAUGCUGAGAGGCAACACAUGGUGAUAUCACAUUGGCAGGGACGUAUGGGCAAGCUAUAUGAUCAAGUGAAUGACGAAGACGCAGAAAGCGAAGGCAAUACAGCACUGAAAAAUGCAUGGGAGGAGUUGGCAGCUAUUGAGAAGGAAACAAAACGUUUUCGAGAGAUUCGAGAACGUACUGAGCAGGAACUGGAAAUGUGCCGACAAAAAGGAGUACAACUGGAGGAUGAACUUCCGGAGCGUAUAAGUAGCGACGAGGAAAGAGAAUUGCUUGCACUUUUGUGUCGUGUGCACGAACUUGAAGCUGACAAAGUAUCCUUACAAGCAGAACGCUUAGCACGCCAAGCUGAAUUGCGUCGUAGAGAUUUACAACUUCUACGUGCCGAGAGGCAACGACGAUUGUGCGAGGAUAUUAUAAGUUCCCAGCGACGUUUAAUCGAAGAGAGCCAAAUUGAAUUGCCCGACGAAUUAAAAGAACUCUACGGGCUCUAUCAACAAGAAAUUCACGCCAGCACCGUAAAUUCCACAAUUGUCACUCCUCGGAAUUUAUAUGAGAACAAACUGCCACCUAUUAAUUCGGGAGGGCAAAAUUCACCAGGCGGAAGUUCUAGUUCCGGGUCGGAUUGGGAUCCAUCUCCUCUUCCGCCUAUCGACCCCCAAAAUCCGGAUCAGUUUGCUCAAGAUGGUCCCGAUAGAUUGAUGGGACCUCCUGUUGCUCCACGCUUACCCUCCAUUGCUACAGGGAAGCGAGCGAAUGGAUACGAGCACUUGAAUAGUACGUCUAGUGAGGAGUAAAAAUUAGCAAUUCAAGGAGCAUUUAGUGGAAAUCAAAUAAGCAUAUUCGCAAUAACCUUGCCUAGGAAAAUUUGUUGACUUAGCGAGGAGAAAAAUUUAUGCAUUAUGAGUCACUUCCAUUGAACAGGUUGUGUAUGAUAACAAGGCCUUUUGUUUAUAUGUCCGAGUGUUUUGUUUUUACGUUGAAUAAAGUACAACUAGUUGAAACGUA